AGCUUCUGUCAUCUUCCUAAUUGGGUUUUAUUUUCUUUUACUAGAUGAAAGCUCCAACAAAACCAAUUUGUCACCAUUUUUUCAAACCGUCAUCUCUUAAUUUUCAUUUCAACUUUCUCAAGUAUGAAGAAAAUGCUUCACUCUAUACACUCAUUUCUUAUUUUUCUACUUCACAAUCAUACAACUCCGAAACAAAGAAUUUCGUUAAGGAGUUGAAUGGUGAUAUUUCUUCAUAUCCAAACUUACUCCGAAAGAAAAAAUCUCAGUUUACUAACUUUCUUGGUUCAUCUAACGACAAUUACUUAAAUACGUUCGUAUCACCAGAAAAGCCAACGGGUCAUAAUGCGAAUACCAUCAACAAUAUUUCAAUGCAAUGUGAUUUGAUUGCUAAACCAAAUAGUUUAUUGUUGUUUAUGCAUCAUUCGCCUGUGAAAAAUGCAAUGUGGGAAGCGAGAUCGAGUAUUUUUGGAAGGCCAUCAAUAUUUGCAGUUGCUCACUCUCCUCAAAAUGAUUUGAUUGCUAAAACACCGUUGAGGAAUAGGACUAGUGUUUUAUUCAAAUUUUCUUCUGAUUAUGAACUUCGGGAACGAUAUAGAAAUCCCAGGAAUGAGAUUAGAAUUGGAAAGUUGGUAGAAGACUUGGAUGCUUUGGCCGCAACCAUAUCCUAUAAGCAUUGUUCCUCUAAUGAUGGAACAUCUAGGUCCAUAAAAUUGGUGACUGCAUCUAUGGAGAAGAUGAUUCUGAAAAAAACUAUUCGUAUUGACACUGAUCUCACUAUAGAAGGGGCUGUUAUAUGGGUUGGAUGUUCAUCUUUAGAAAUUCAACUUGAAGUGAAGCAAUCUACUCCAGAAGCAUACAAUACCACAGAGUCAGUAGCUCUUACAGCAAACUUCACAUUUGUGGCCAGAGAUUCUAUGUCCGGAAAAUCAACUCGAAUCAACGCGAUUUUACCUGAAACUGAAAAAGAAAAGCUUCUUUGGAAAGAAGCAGAGGAAAGAAACAAAAUGAGAAAGGAAAAAAGAGAACAGAAAAAGGACACAAAUGGAGACAAUGUAAAUAGGCUGAUAAAUAGAUUGUUGGCUGAAGCUUUGUUAGAUAGAGACAGCAUUCUAAUAGAGGAAACUUGUCUUCAAAAUUCUUUGGUUUGCCAACCUGAGCAAAGAAACAUGCAUGGUCAAAUAUUUGGAGGUUUCCUAAUGAGGAAAGCUUUUGAAUUGGCUUAUGCAACAGCUUAUUCAUUUGCUGGCAGUAUACCUUGCUUUGUGGAAGUUGACUAUGUUGAUUUCUUGAAACCUGUAGAUGUUGGAGAUUUCCUCCAGCUCAAAUCAUGUGUUCUGUAUACAGAACUAGAAAACAUGUCGCGGCCUCUGAUUAAUGUGGAAGUUGUAGCUCAUGUUACACAUCCCAAACAUAUUUCCAGUGAGGUUUCGAAUAAUUUCUACUUCACCUUCACUGUCAGCUCUGAUUCACUAAGAAAUGGUUUAAAAAUUAGGAAUGUUGUUCCUGGUACAGAGGAGGAAGCGCGGCGUGUGAUCGAACAUAUUGAUGUUUUGAGAAAUAACAGAAAUAAUCAGAAGAGAUUGAAGGAAUGAGUGUAAACAACUGUUUUCUGAUUGUUUUUCUCUAACGAGGAAUCUAAAUAGAAUCAACUUGAAUCUGGGACCGUGCGUAAUAGAUUUUAUAGACAUACUUUACAAUACGAUGUACAUUUAUUCGUUUUGGGACAUUGGUACAUUGUGUACACACAAAAAUCCAAGUGAAUAUCUAACACUCUCUUAUAUUGUGGAUUCAGAUUCACAAUAUAAAUACUCAAAUACAUGUGCAGCCUAAAGGUGUCAAUGUACCGGGCGGGGCCGAAUAUUCUAAAACCAUGUUAAAGUGCCAAA